GGCUAUCCAGACUUCACAAACCCAGCGAUGCGGGCCUGGUGGUCCAGCAUGUUCAACUACGACCAGUACGAGGGGUCCAUGGAGAAUCUCUAUACCUGGAAUGACAUGAACGAGCCCUCCGUCUUCAAUGGCCCCGAGGUGACGAUGCACAAGGACGCCCUGCACUAUGGGGGAUGGGAACACCGUGACAUUCACAACCUCUACGCUUUCUACGUGGUGAGUGCGACUUUCCACCCCCCUGAGGUGAAAUGACAAUCUGUACACAUCAUUUAUUCAUAAUUGCCACCUUUCUUCUCCUCCUCUCCAGGGGCUGUGUGGACAGGGGACAACUCAGCGGAGUGGGAGCAUUUAAAAAUCUCCAUCCCCAUGUGUCUGAGUUUGGGUCUGGUGGGCAUCUCAUUCUGCGGUGCUGACAUCGGCGGCUUCUUCAAAAACCCGGAGCCAGAACUCCUGGUGCGCUGGUACCAAGCCGGAGCCUACCAGCCUUUCUUCCGGGCCCACGCCCACGUGGACACCCCCCGCAGGGAACCGUGGCUCUUUGGGGAAGAGAACAAGGCGCUGAUCCGGGAGGCCAUCCGCCAGCGCUAUGCCCUGCUGCCUUUCUGGUAUACCCUCUUUUACCACAGCUACCGGACGGGGCAGCCUGCCAUGAGACCUCUCUGGGUGGAAUACCCCGAAGACCCAACAACCUACAACAUUGACGACCAGUAUCUCCUUGGCGAUGCGCUGUUGGUUCACCCGGUUACAGCCCAAGGGGCGCGAGGGGUGCAGGUGUACUUGCCCGGCAAAGGAGAGGUUUGGUACGACGUCCACACCCAUCAGAAACUUCAUGCACCCCAAACGCAUUACUUAGCUGUCACCAUGGGUACGAUUCCUGUGUACCAGCGUGGCGGCAGCAUCGUGGCUCGGAAAGAGCGGGUGCGGCGGUCUUCGGACUGCAUGCAGAACGACCCUUACACCCUCUACGUGGCCCUGGGCCCCCAGGGCACAGCUGAAGGCGAGCUGUUUCUUGACGACGGGCACACAUUUUACUUUGAGACCAAGAGACAAUACCUGCAUCGCCGCUUCAGUUUCUCUGGCAACACCUUGAUAUCCAGGUACUUGUCUUGCCCCGUCCCCAGUCUCUCCUACCUUUAUGUCAUUCCCAGCAAAAUAGCAAAUUUGGGACUAUUUGCCACCCCUUGAAAUGACAGAUAGGGCAGCGAUGAGAUGCUGUGCUGCUUUGUUCAAAUAUGUCUCCCUGCACAUAGAAAACUAGCAUGUCAGGGAGAAAUGCUCUCCCAAAGCCCUGUUCACAACUGCCAUGGGACGCGUGGUCUACAUAUCAGGAGCAAGCUUUCAUGGUGUCUAUCUUCCACUUUAUGCCAGUGCACUUGAAUUGGCUCAGUAAUCAUGGGAGAUUAAUCACCUAAGAUUUCUUUUGAUU